AUGUCGAGACCUGAACAGCUUGCCCCUCCUGAAGUGUUCUAUAAUGACUCAGAGUCGUUUAAGUAUACAUCUUCCACCCGUGUUCAGCAUAUUCAAGCCAAGAUGACGUUAAGAGCAUUAGAGCUAUUAAACUUGGAGGUCGACAGCCCUCAUUUCAUAUUAGAUCUCGGAUGUGGGUCUGGUUUAUCAGGUGAAAUACUAACAGAAGAAGGGUACAACUGGAUCGGUAUGGAUAUCUCACCAAGUAUGUUGGCUACAGGUAUUGAUAGAGAUGUCGAGGGAGAUUUGUUUCUCAGUGACAUGGGGAAUGGAGUUCAUUUCAGAGCUGGUACAUUUGAUGCAGCUAUUUCCAUUUCCGCUGUCCAGUGGCUUUGUAAUGCUGACUCUUCCAAUGUAGAUCCAAAGAAGAGAAUGUUGAGAUUCUUCAACUCGUUAUAUGCAUCUUUGAAGAGAGGAGGAAAGUUUGUUGCUCAAUUUUAUCCAAUGAAUGAUAUCCAAACUGAAAAUCUUUUGAAUGCCGCCAAGGUUGCAGGGUUUGGAGGUGGUUUGAUCAUUGACGACCCUGAAUCUAAAAGACACAAGAAGUACUACAUGGUUCUUACCGCUGGUCAAUCUGAAAGAAACAUUAACUUGGCUGGUGCUGAAAUGGAUGCUCCAGAAACAACAAAGAAGGUAAACAGAAAGCUUUUGAAGAAAUUGGAGUCCAAGAAGGAAUUUAUCGCAAGAAAGAAGGAAACCAUGAAGAGAAGAGGUAAGAAAGUUGCCCUUGAUUCUAAAUUCACUGCCAGGAAGAGACGUCCACGUUUCUAG